AACAAAUGACUUGUUGUUAAUCAAUCAAAAUUUUUUUUCACCAGUUUUUUUUCUUGUAAAUGUAAAAAGAAUUCGAUCAGAAUUGAACGGUUGCAAAUUAUUUAAUAAUUUCUAGUAAACGAAGUGUGUUUAGUGAAUAAAAAAAAAAAAAAUGCGUGAAAUUGCCCAUUUACAGGCAGGCCAAUGUGGCAAUCAAAUUGGUGCGAAGUUCUGGGAAGUAAUAUCAGAUGAACAUGGAAUCGAUCCAACUGGAACGUAUCACGGAGAUUCGGAUCUUCAAUUAGAAAGAAUAAAUGUCUACUAUAAUGAGGCAACCGGAGGGAAAUAUGUUCCGCGAGCAAUUCUUGUCGAUUUGGAACCGGGAACAAUGGAUGCUGUACGAUCUGGACCAUUCGGUCAAAUAUUUCGCCCGGAUAAUUUUGUUUUUGGUCAAAGUGGAGCCGGCAAUAAUUGGGCCAAGGGACAUUAUACCGAAGGUGCAGAAUUAGUUGAUUCUGUCCUCGAUGUUGUUCGUAAAGAAGCUGAGAGUUGCGAUUGCUUGCAAGGAUUUCAAUUGACACAUUCGCUUGGCGGUGGAACUGGUGCCGGAAUGGGAACACUUUUAAUUUCAAAAAUACGAGAAGAAUAUCCAGACAGAAUUAUGAUGACAUUCAGUGUUGUACCAUCGCCAAAAGUAUCGGAUACAGUUGUUGAGCCAUACAAUUGUACAUUGUCUGUUCAUCAAUUGGUGGAGAACACUGAUGAAUCCUAUUGCAUUGACAAUGAGGCAUUAUAUGAUAUUUGCUUUAGAACAUUAAAACUAACAACACCUACUUAUGGUGAUUUAAAUCAUCUUGUCAGUGCAACCUUGAGCGGUGUUACCACUUGUUUAAGAUUUCCGGGUCAACUAAAUGCCGAUCUUAGAAAACUUGCCGUUAACAUGGUACCAUUUCCACGACUUCACUUUUUCAUUCCAGGCUUUGCCCCUCUCACAUCAAGGGGAUCGCAACAAUAUCGUGCAUUAACAGUACCGGAAUUGACGCAACAAAUGUUUGAUUCAAAAAAUAUGAUGGCAGCAUGUGAUCCACGUCAUGGAAAAUAUUUAACAGUGGCAGCUGUAUUCCGUGGUAGAAUGUCAAUGAAAGAAGUUGACGAACAAAUGUUGAAUAUACAAAAUAAAAAUAGUACAUAUUUUGUUGAAUGGAUACCAAGUAAUGUGAAAACAGCUGUUUGUGAUAUUCCACCAAGGGGAUUAAAAAUGUCAGCAACAUUUAUUGGCAAUUCAACAGCAAUUCAAGAAUUAUUCAAAAGAGUUUCUGAACAAUUUACCGCAAUGUUUCGAAGAAAAGCAUUUUUACAUUGGUACACAGGAGAAGGAAUGGACGAAAUGGAAUUCACCGAAGCGGAAAGUAAUAUGAACGAUUUAGUUUCGGAAUAUCAACAGUACCAAGAGGCGACUGCAGACGAAGAGGGUGAAUUUGACGAGGAAGAUGAGGGCGAAGCCGAUGACAAAUAAAAAUUUUCUUCGUUCAAUUUUUGAAGUAUAUAGUUUUAAUUUUCAAAAAAAGAAUGUUCUAAUUAUAAAAUUUUUUUUACCCAUUAGACAAAAUAUAUAUACAAAACACACACACACUUCGUAUUCAUAACAAGUUAAAAAAAAAAUUUUCCACUUUUUUUCUUGUAAAAUUAUUAAAUUAUUUUUUGAUAACAGAAA